AUGGAAUCUCUUACCACUCAUCCUGCCACCGCACAGCAGGCCAAAGCCUUCACCUCUCCCGCGUCUCUGUCGUUUCCUGGUGGUGCCGGGGAUUUGACACCGCCUUCCUCUGAGAAAGAUGGACACAACCUGAAUGGUGGCUCGUACGGAGAUGCGAAGAUGAAUGGUCAACAGCAAGGAGGGAACGCCGUUCAGGCUCCUCAGACUCCUACUGCGACGCCCGGUGCUGGAGUGAGUGGUAUUGUGCCUACUUUGCAAAACAUUGUUGCCACGGUCAACCUUGACUGUCGUCUCGAUCUGAAGACAAUCGCACUCCAUGCCCGUAACGCUGAGUACAAUCCCAAGCGUUUUGCCGCUGUCAUCAUGCGUAUCAGAGAUCCCAAAACCACUGCUCUGAUCUUCGCAUCGGGCAAGAUGGUUGUCACUGGUGCAAAAUCGGAAGAUGAUUCAAAACUUGCCAGCCGCAAGUAUGCGCGUAUCAUUCAAAAGCUUGGCUUCAAUGCCAAGUUUACCGACUUCAAGAUCCAGAACAUUGUCGGCUCCUGCGACAUCAAGUUCCCUAUUCGACUGGAAGGUCUUGCCUCUAAGCAUCAUCCUUUCAGCUCGUACGAACCUGAACUGUUCCCUGGUCUCAUCUACCGCAUGAUUAAGCCGAAGAUUGUUUUGUUGAUCUUCGUGAGUGGCAAGAUUGUCCUUACUGGUGCCAAGGUCCGAGAAGAGAUCUACCAGGCCUUUGAGCAGAUCUACCCGACGCUAUCAGACUUCCGCAAGGUCUAA